UUUAAUCAUUAAUUAAUAAUUGUACAUGGACGCUAUCUUCAUUGCAGCUGCCCUUCCAUAGAACUAAGAUAAGAUUAAUCUUAUGACGCUUAAAACUACAUUUGACGAGGUCAUGACGAAAAUCAGCGGAAAUGAUUGUAAAUAAAAAUGACUGCGAACGUUGUUUUGUCAUCCGAAGUUCGUCAUUCUGGUAUUUUAAAUGUAAUCGGUUUGAAAGGAAGUUCGUUAUGAGUUGUUUUUCUUUUGACAAUCUUGUUUGAUUGGAGCUUAUUCAAGAGCAGUUCGUACUCAAAUGAAUAUUGGAUCGUGUUUGGUGGAUACAAGAAGAUUUGAUAAAAUCUAUACACCCUCACAAAAAUCUCUUUUUGAAAGACGAAGUUUGUUGUGUCUUUGGUGGUUUUUCAGUUUUUGACAUCAUCCAUCAAUGUUAAAUCCAUUGGAGAGUUUAUCUCUUGCAUUACAAAUGUGGUGAUUAUUUGAAGUUCACAAUUGUUCGUUAUAUUGCGUGAACUUCACGGUUUCCCUGAAAGUCUUUUAAAAGAAGUGUUUUCUUUUUUGACAUUAUUUGAAUGCUGUCACCCUAAAGUGGAUUAUGAUUUGUGGUGUCUAAUGAUUUUCAAAUCGUAGACGUUUGCGUGGCUGCGCUUAUUUUUUGUCGGUCUUUGAUUUAUUAAGCAGGAAAUCAGAACAACUUCGAUUUGUUUUCGCAAGAGAAGGAGAAAUUCUAGUUUAUUUUAUGGUCUAUUAUAAUUGACCUCGUUAAUGUUUUUUUAUUUGACAAUGGGAAAUAGUAUAGCUAAGAAUAAUAACUUGAAUGGCAGCCAUAAAGUGCCAAGUGUCAUCACAUCCCGUGAAAAUGAUGCAUUUGUCGAACUGCAACAGCAACUGUUGGAGAAAGAUGAGCUUUUGACAAAGAAGGAUAAAGAACUGGACAAAUUGCAUUGUAUGCUGUUGAUGAAAGAGGAAGAAAACACAAAAUUGUCUAAACGUAUUCAUGAAUUUGAGUGCGUUGUGGCGCAGACUUCUUCAACGCUUAAGAUGGAUGAAUCGCGUCAAAUUCAAAAGGAAAAGUUAUCAUUUUUAGGAAGAAGUUCCUUGAAAUGGAAACGACUAGCUGUGAGUGGAGAGAGCAGUUCAAACAUUCGUCGACAGGAAUCUAAUCUAGAGUUACAGACAAUCACAAAAGAUUCGAGUUGUCGGCAUCUUAUCCGUAAAGCAAUCUAUGCUAACGAUUUCCUUAAGAAUCUGGAGAAGUUUCAAGUUCGUGAAAUCGUCAGCUGUAUGUAUCCUAAGAAAUAUAACAAGGAUAGCUUCAUUAUAAAGGAAGGUGAAACUGGUGAUGCCCUCUUUGUUCUCUCAGAUGGCACUCUUGAAGUGAGCAAGGAUGGUAAUGUUCUUUGUGAAAUGUCAAGUGGAACGGUGUUUGGAGAACUGGCAAUUUUGUACAAUUGUAAACGAACGGCUUCUGUUAGAGCCAAAGAACAUUCUAGACUGUGGGUUAUAGAUCGUUCUGUUUUCAAAGUCAUCAUGAUGCGUACUGGUAUUACAAGACUUAAAGAACAUCGUAAAUUUCUUAAAAGUGUGUCAUUGCUCAGCAAGUUGCCAGAAGAAAAACUCACAAAGAUGGUCGAUGUUUUACAAGAAGAAAUUUAUGAUGAAGGAACAGUGUUAAUUCGUGAAGGAGAAAGUGGUAACACAUUUUUUAUUAUCAUUGAAGGCAUGGUUAAAGUAACGCAGACUGUAAACAAUUCUUCUGUUCCUCAACUUGUUCGAACACUUAAGAAAGGAGAUUAUUUUGGUGAAAGAGCGCUUCUCAGUGAAGACUGCCGGACGGCAAACGUUAUCGCUUGCGCCAAAGGAGUCUCGUGCUUGGUUUUGGAACGAAAUGCAUUUAAAGAACUGAUCGGUGAUUUAAAUGAGCUAAAGAUUAAAGAUUAUGGUGAUGAGCAGCGAGGAGCAAUAAGGUUUGCUAUAUCGAGCGAGAACUUGGUUAAUAUGAGUAAUAUCUCAAGAAACACGCCUAGAUGUAUAGCAGAACACGAACUCAACGAUUUUACUGUAGUAACCACUCUUGGUAUCGGAGGAUUUGGACGUGUUGAGUUGGUUAAAAGCAAUAAAGAUAGAAGUACUUUUGCUAUGAAAUGUUUAAAGAAAAAGCAUAUCGUCGACACUAGACAACAAGAUCACACUUAUUCAGAGAAAAAUAUUCUUAUGGAAUGCACGAGUGCCUUUAUUGCAAAAUUGUACAAAACGUUCAAAGAUGAUAAAUACGUUUAUAUGCUGUUGGAGGUGUGCUUAGGGGGUGAACUAUGGACUUUACUACGGAAUAAGAAAAAAUUCGAUGAAAUUGCUGCAAGAUUUUACGUUGCUUCAAUGGUAGAAGCAUUUUCCUAUCUUCACGGUUGUGGAAUUGUUUACAGAGAUUUGAAACCAGAAAAUAUACUCCUUGACAACAACGGCUUUGCUAAACUGGUUGACUUUGGUUUUGCAAAAAAAAUUGGUUUUGGCGAUAAGACCUGGACAUUUUGUGGAACUCCGGAGUAUGUGGCACCUGAGAUUAUCUUGAAUAAGGGUCAUGAUUUUUCAGUUGAUUAUUGGUCUCUUGGUAUAUUUGUGUUCGAACUUCUAACUGGACAGCCACCAUUCACUAGCAAUGACGCCAUGAAAACCUAUAAAAUCAUCCUACGUGGUAUGGAUUGCUUAGAGUUUCCUCGUACCAUCAGUAAAAACUCCGUUCAACUCAUACGGAGACUGUGUCGAGACAUUCCCACAGAGAGGUUGGGAUAUCAAAAAAAUGGCCCAAAGGACAUCAAAAAACACAAAUGGUUUCAAGGUUUUCAUUGGCAAGGUCUGCUUGAUCAAACUAUUGAACCUCCACAUAAACCAAAGCUUUCUAGCAACGUUGAUACAUCAAAUUUUGAUAAGUAUCUCCCAGAAAAAGAUAUUCCUCCUGAUGAGUUCAGCGGAUGGGAUGAAUAUUUCUGAUUAAUAUUUUUAAAGAAUUUAUUUAUUCCUGUCAAUAGUACAUCUCUUUGCUCUUACACUUACCUUGAAAAACCCUGAUUCGUGAAAAAAUAUAACAUUUGAAUGAA